AUGCAAUCAGGAGUGACUACAGCUCGCACAGCGCUCCUCGCUCAGUCUGCCCCAGACUCCGCACAGGCACACACUCCUCAGACAGGAAGGUGAGUGACUCCGGUUCAAAAUGACCGAGCGCUACGACUGCCACUACUGCAAGGAAUCCCUGUUUGGGAAGAAGUAUGUUCUGAGAGAGGAGAAUCCUUACUGUGUGAAAUGUUACGAGAGCCUGUACUCCAACACCUGCGAGGAGUGCAAGAAGCCCAUUGGCUGCAACACCAGGGAUCUGUCGUACAAGGACCGCCACUGGCACGAGGAGUGUUUCAUGUGCUUCCAGUGCAAGCGCUCGCUGGUGGAUAAGCCCUUCUCCACCAAGGAUGAAAAGCUCCUGUGCACCGAGUGCUACUCCAAUGAAUAUUCCUCCAAGUGCCACCAGUGCAAGAAAACCAUCAUGCCAGGCUCCAGGAAGAUGGAGCACAAGGGGAACAGCUGGCAUGAGACCUGUUUCACCUGCCAGAGAUGCCAGCAGCCCAUUGGCACCAAGAGCUUCAUCCCUAAGGACAACAGUAACUUCUGUGUGCCCUGCUACGAGAAGCAGUUUGCCAUGCAAUGUGUGCACUGCAAGAAGCCGAUCACCACUGGCGGUGUGACCUACCGUGACCAGCCCUGGCACAAGGACUGCUUCCUGUGCACCAGCUGCAAGCAGCAGCUGUCUGGCCAGAGGUUUACCUCCAGGGAUGACUUCGCUUAUUGUCUCAACUGCUUCUGCAACCUCUAUGCCAAGAAGUGUGCCUCCUGCACCACCCCCAUUAGCGGCCUCGGAGGCAGCAAGUACAUUUCCUUUGAGGAGCGCCAGUGGCACAACGACUGCUUCAACUGUAAGAAGUGCUCCGUGUCUCUGGUUGGCCGUGGCUUCCUCACCGAGCGAGAUGACAUCCUGUGCCCAGAGUGCGGCAAGGACAUCUAACUCAGUCUGAAGGAGAGGAGCACAUCCAACUGGCGAUAGAGGAUAGAGGAAUGACAGAGAUACAAUAUAUACCUAUAUCAGAGCACAGUGCAUAGCAUCUUUAAAACCUAGCAUUACUAUGAAUGUACAUUGUUAAAUGCCACGAAGUAAAAACUACUAACAGCAUUAUUUGGAUUUAGAAAGUUUAUUUAUGUUAAAUGUUAACUCUAUAAGAAAAGUUAUCACAAAUAAAAUAAGUGUUGGCAUUAAUGUGAAGACCUUUGCUUAUUGAAUAUGAAACAGCAACAAGUUUGCAGAGACACUGAAUAAAGCAUUUUGAAAUAAAUCUACGAUGAUUAUAUAGCCUAUCCGCUUUGACGUGUUAAUAAUUAUUGCUUUGUGCAUGGACUAGCUUGAUGUGAAGGAGUUGUGCUUUUACCAAUUAAAUAUAUUAAAGUGUGUCUUUACUCUGAUUACUGCCCACUGUAGUGCACGAGACCACAUGUAUUUCACACAAACAAGGGUUUAUUUAGGCAACUCUUUUAAUACAAAACCUAUGCAAGAUUGGCGUGUCCUAGACGUCUUAAAAUGAAUUUAAUAUUUUUUACCACAAGGUUAGUUUAAGAGUAAGUUAAGUACAGUAUAUGUUAUCAUACCGGCAUAUCAGACAUGAGUCACAAAGCUGCCGAGUUUCUAUUAUUAGAAUCAAGAAAAUAUUCAUUGUAUCGAGACAUUUAUUUUAAAAACCGUUAGUACAAACAUGACGACUAAAAAUGCUGUGUGACUCUUGUAUCUACAAUUCUAAAUAAAUAUACUUCAAAAAGACAA